AUGAGUAAAUUAUUGAUGAAUGGUUUGCUUUACGCGAAGAAUAGUGUGAAUGCAUUGCACAACACAUACAAUGAGUGGACGUUUGGUCUGAAACUAAUGUCACAAAAACGAAAGCAAUAUUACUAUAGAGUUAUACUGUUGUCCACAACUGGUCUCACGACUGGUCUGUACUUCACGUACAAUACAUUAUUCAUCAAUCAAUACAAAGCUGUUGUCCACUCAUAUAAAUCCGGUCGAUUAUCACAACUCGACAAAGACCUCGAGUUAUUCGCCGCAAACGUGUGGACAGAGUGUCAACAAUCUGUGGACAAGAGUCCGGAAUCGUUGCAAUUCUUCCCGUCUGUCGGAUGCGAUCCGCUAACUAUCGGCACAUUAGGUCUGCCGUCCGGAGCUGUGAUUGGUUUGCCAUUUCCGCUGACUUACCGGACCGUCGAUGACGUGAAGACCGUUGACCUGCGUUUCAAAGGCGAACACAACCCGUAUAUGAAGUGGCGAUCGGCGGCCGGAAAGGCGUUCAUCGAGUCAUUAGUGUUGAGCGAAAGGGCGAAGAAGUUUGCGAUCGCGCGACCCAUACAUAUGGCCAAUAAUGUCAACCUAUUCCUCGACUGUCUCAACAUAAGUGUCGCCACAAUAGUGGCCAUCGGUUUGGCGCAAGAGAUCAUCGCUCGAGUGAAAGCGUUGCAAACAUUUGGACAACGAUUUGUAGUGCGAAGUCUGUCACUGAUUGUCGCUUACUAUCUGUGGUCGACAUUAAACCAAAGCAUCAAUUAUUACGCGACUCUCAGAGCAGACAAACGGGCCAUAAGUGUGGGCGAAGACUAUUAUGUGGGCGCUAUUGAGUACUACACCAAAAUGAAGACCAGAAACGCCGCCUUCAAUGAGUUGACGGAAGACAACGGUUGGAAAGUGUUUACCGAAGAGGGAGAGAUCAAAGGCCUCAUUAGCUCAAGACUGCUCACUAUUAACUCCUUAUUAUACUCGUCUAAACAUCUAAAGUCUGAUCUCAAGAGGGAUGUGUCCGAAGAGGUAGCGUCGACAUCCUAUAAACCACAUUCUUCAUUCUGA